UCAUCAAAUUGGAGAUGGGUCUCAAGCAAAACAAGGUCCAACCUCAUCCAUUUGAGGACUAGAUUGCCAAAUUUGAGGCGUGGAAAUGGCAGAUAAAAUUUUUGGCUGCAGAGUGGUGCUCAGCUUCUUCUUCUCUAUCCACAAAGCUCAAAGCUUUUGAACUAACAAAAACGCACAUACGCAGAAGAACAAAACAAGCAGUUUAAGGUUACAUUAUAGAGAAAAACAAUAGUGACAUUACCAUCAAUGGAAGCUGCAAGGAAUAUGCUUUCUUCUCCUCUAAAUUUUUCUACAAGAACCCAACUCAAGAAUUCUGUCUUUUCAUCAUCAUCUUCUUCAGUUUCGAUGUUUUAUGAGCAAGGAGCUCCUGCUCCAACUUUGAUUUUAAUUACUUCUGUAGCUAGGAAUUUUCCUACAUCAGUUCUCUCUCAAGAGCAGCGCAAUGACUACAAACCGCUGCCUGUCUUUCACUUCCUUAAGGAAGAUAAAGCAUACCUGGGAUCAACAAACAAACAGCGGAUUGUGAAUGGGGCAUCACUUCAUAAAGAAAAAGCUGCCAACAACUUUGACCGGUUGGGAUAUGAACAGCAGUUGCUUCAGUCUCCUGAUUUAAGGCAAUUAUUGUCACUCUUGGUAUUAGGGGAAAAUCCAUCAUCUUCCUUGAAUAUGCAGUCUGUUGUAGUGGAUACCGAGGAGAUAAUGAAUGUUGAACCAAGUAAUGUAGCUGCCCUUGCUAAUAAGGAUUUGUCUGCAUCUAAACAAGCUGCAUCAUUGGCUGAGGACCUCAAAUUAGAUCUUGAUGAUUCACUUUCUAAUAGUUUGGGGUCUACUAAUUCCUCUACUCUGCCAGUUGAGGAGGAAGCAGUUACAGUUAGGUCAACAAGACGUUUAGAGAGACAGGCUAAACGAAGGAUGGUGCAACCUAAACCUAAAGUUACGAUUCGUGAGACCUACAGUUCACGAAGGACGGAUGUAAGAAGAAAGUCGAGUAAAAGUUUUGAUCCCAAUGAUCCCCUUCAAUUGUUUUUGUGGGGUCCUGAGACGAAACAACUCUUGACUGCUGAAGAAGAGUCUGAAUUGGUUAUGCAAGUUCAGGAUUUGAAGAUAUUAAUUAAGGUGAAGACUAGGCUUCAAUCUCAGUUUGGGCGUGAACCAACCCUGGUUGAAUGGGCUGAAGCCAUGGGUCUUAGUUGUUCAGCCUUGCAAGCAGAACUCCAAUCUGGAAAAAGAAGCCGGGAAAAAUUGAUCAAUGCGAAUUUGCUCCUGGUGGUUCACAUUGCUAAACAAUAUCAAGGCCGUGGUCUUAGCCUUCAGGAUUUGUUGCAGGUGGGAAGUAUAGGCCUUAUGAAAAGUGUUGAGAAGUUCAAACCAGAAGUUGGAUGCCGAUUUGCCACCUAUGCCUCCUGGUGGAUAAGGCAAGCAAUUAAGAAGUCUAUAAUGAAACAUUCCAGAACCAUCCGUUUGCCGGUGAGUGUAUAUAGGCUCUUGAGCAAAGUAUCGCAUGCAAAGAAAUCAUACAUUCAAGAAGGAAAUCAUUGUCCUUCCAAAGAAGAACUAGCAAGACGUGUUGGAAUGACAGUUGAGAAGUUGGAUAUGUUGCUAUUCGCAAAAAGGAUGCCACUUUCUUUGCAACAACCUUUAUGGGUGCACCAGGAUACCACCUUUCAGGAGGUAACACCAGAUACCAGUAUUGAGAUCCCAGAUGUUAGUGUGGCAAAGCAACUAAUGAGGCAGCAUGUGCACAACGUUCUAGGUGUGCUAAACCCAAAAGAAAGGAGGAUAAUCAGGCUAAGAUUUGGUUUUGAAGAAAGUAAACAGAAUUCUCUGUCUGAGAUAGGAAACAUGUUUGGAUUGUCUCAGGAAAGAGUGAGACAGAUAGAGAGCCAGGCAUUAUACAAGCUGAAGCGAUGCCUGAUCAAACAAGGACUUAGUGAAUAUGUAGAUUUGCUUGUUUAGAUUUAGAGACAAAGACAUUCAUUUUAGAUUUACUGGUUCAUCAAAGGGCAAGAGUGAAAUCUGUUGUUAUGCUCCUUGCAGCUUAAGAAUGAGGACUAAGCCUACAACCGGCUUGGCCGCUUCAAUUGGCCCACCAUUGUAAUCUAACACUGAUGUUCCUUUUUGUUAUGGUGAUAUACCAAAUUGUCUCCAAAGUGUUGUCGUGAAACUAUCAAGGGGAUAGACACUUCAAUGGAAAUGAAAAGAAGUACCUCUUAAUAUAUUUGUUUUGGCAAAAACCCUAAUAAAAUUAGGCCUUAAACCCUUUAAAACCAAGCCAACUCUGCUGUCCGAUCUCGAUUCAAACACAGUCAAACCUCACCCUUUCAAGCCCAAAUAUCCUUUUCAUUCUUGUACCCUCUUCUUCAAUUUUUUAAAAACAAACCUUUCUCUCACUUCACAAAAACCCAAUUUUAAAACCCAUUUAACCUUUCUCUCAAAUUGUGAAAAGCUGGAUACCUCAAAGAAAUGAAUGAAGUACUACUGAAGUUUAUUAUCCUUGAUGUAAUAUUAGAUACCCAGUUGAGGCUUUUUC